AUGGCAACAGCUGAAUCCCUAGCACGCCUCGACGGCCUAGAAAAGACCCUCAUCAAACAGGGAGCAGAAGCACUCGCCUACAAAACUACUUUCCUCACACCAGAUACCCCUGCGCUGCUAAAAGUCCGGCCAAAAAAAGAAUGGAGACAUCCAACCCUCGACGCAAGAUUAACGAAGCAUCGGGUGUUGGCCGAAGCGCGGCUGUUGGUGAAGUGUAAACAGGUGGGUGUCCCGGUACCCGGGGUUUACUUUAUCGAUGAAGCACGCGGCCAGGUAUGGAUGGAGUGGAUUGAAGGCCGGUCCGUGCGUGACGCAUUACAAGCCGUCGACUCUGAGGCUGAGUCAGAAGACACAGUAGGCGAGGCAGGGAAAAAAGGAUUGUUGAAGAGUAUUGGCCGGGCAUUAGCGGUGAUGCAUGAGGCCGAAGUCGUUCAUGGGGACUUGACGACCUCGAACCUCAUACUCACACCUGCUCCCGAGAAUAAAGUUGUCAUCAUCGAUUUCGGCCUCGGGUCAGUGUCGAUUUCGGAGGAGGACAAGGCUGUUGAUCUGUAUGUGCUGGAACGUGCAUUCGCGAGUACGCACCCGAAGAGCGAGGCGCAGUUUGACAAAGUGCUGGAGGGGUAUCGGGAAGCGUACCCUAAGGGGAGUAGGUUGGUGUUGAAAAGGUUGGAGGAUGUAAGGAUGAGGGGGCGGAAGAGGAGUAUGCUUGGAUGA